UUUUGUCAGUUCCCAUUAGGAAUCAUUCUUAUAUAUAUACUUCUUUUCUUGCCCUUUUCAUUAUAUAUAUAUAUAUAUGUUUUUGAAGUAAAAGCUGGAGAUUUAAUUGGGAAAUGGAAGUGACAAAUAGAAUUGUGGUAACAAGAAAAGAGAUCGAUGAAUUCCCAGUUGAAUCAGAUUUUGAGGUGAGAUGUGAAGAUGUUGUCGUGUCGGUGAAAUCAGGAUGUGAUGACAUUAUCGUUAAAAACAUUUAUGUUUCGAUUGAUCCAUAUCAAAUCAACCGUAUGAAGAGCUUUAGCUCUUCCCACAAAACUUCUUCUUUUGCAGCUCCCAUCAUCCCUACCCAGCCCAUCGAUGCUUUCGGAAUGGGAGAAGUAUUGGCCUCAGGGAACCCUGAUUUUAAGGAGGGGGACUUGGUGAUAGGGCUUAUACAUUGGGCUGAAUACAGCAUAGUCAAAGCUCAAACCAACCUGCUUAGAAAAUUGGACACUCUGGAAUUUCCAUUGACUCACCACAUUGGAAUUUUGGGAUUUAGUGGGUUGACAGCAUAUGCUGGUUUGUUCGAAGUAGCAAAGAUUAAGGAAGGGGAGACAGUAUUUGUGUCUGCUGCUUCUGGCUCUGUUGGGAGUUUGGUUGGACAGUUAGCAAAGUUGCAUGGCUGCUAUGUUGUUGGUUGUGCUGGUUCUGAUCAAAAGGUGGCUUUGCUUAAAGAGAAGCUUGGAUUUGAUGAUGCAUUCAAUUAUAAGCAAGAAAAGGAUUUGACAUCAACCUUAGAGAGGUACUUCCCAGAUGGGAUUGAUGUUUAUUUUGACAAUGUGGGAGCUGAAAUGCUAGAAGCAGCCAUAGCCAACAUGAAGUCAUUUGGAAGAGUGGCUCUUUGUGGUGUUAUUUCUGAAUACACCAAUUCCAAAAGGGCUGUACCAAGCAUGCUUGAUUUGGUCUACAAAAGAAUCAAAGUCCAAGGCUUUUUAACUGGAGAUUUUUUAAAUGUGUAUCCAGAUUUCAUCUCUAAAGUUUCUCAUUACAUUCAUUCUGGCAAGAUUGAGAUACUUGAAGACAUAUCAGUUGGGGUUGAGUCUAUUCCUUCUGCUUUCAUUGGGCUGUUUAAAGGUGAUAAUAUUGGAAAGAAAAUGGUCAAACUUGUAGAGUGAUCAAGAGUUCACAAAAGAAGAAAGGGUAAAGGAAUUGGUUUGCAAUAGUUUUCUUUUUAUUAUUAUGUGUUAGUUCUCUUCUCUUUUUUGAUGUUUGUAAUCAAAGCAAUGAUCAACCUGCUGGUUUGGUUUUAUUGGAAGCAUAUCAAUAAAAAUGUUGCCUAAUUUCUUAGAAAA